GAGAUCUAUGGUAACCAAUAUUGUUACUAUGAAAAACACGGGAAAAAAAUUUAAAAAAUGUUGCAUUUUCUUCUUGAUAUAAAGUCACGCAUUUCAUUGGACAUGCUAGAUGUUGGGCGAUUUUGGUUAUUUGCUCCAGAAAAAGCCUGUAAUUUGAUCAGAAUGGGCGCUCUUUCAGUUUUUCUUGUUAGAAUUAAUAUAAAAUGUAAAAACAUAGCUCCCAUUCGCGCUGUUGUCUCUCCGUCCUCACUCCUCCCUAAAGAGGGUCGGAUUUCUCUCUCUCUCUCAUGAUGCAGGCGGCUGUGGCUCAGGCGACGCUGCGUCUUCCCUUGGUAUCGCCGCCAAAUCCUACUCCCCAUCUCCUCAUCAGCUCCGGCACCAAUGCUCACUGCUCCUUGACUCUUCGCUCUCUCUCCAACGUCAACAGCUCCAUCUCCUCUUCUCCUCCUCCUAUGCGCUUCACCUCUAUUGCUCCUCUUCGGAGCAUGAUCCAACCGUCGGAUUUUCCCGCUGGCAAAGGAAUGAGCAAUUUCUUUGAGGUUGAGCUUAAAGUUCGCGACUACGAGUUGGAUCAAUUUGGCGUCGUGAACAAUGCGGUUUAUGCUAGCUACUGCCAACACGGUCGACAUGAAUUCUUUGAAAGUAUUGGCUUGAGUGCAGAUGCAGUUGCUCGAACUGGAGAAUCCCUGGCCCUAACAGACUUGUCUCUCAAAUUCUACUCUCCUCUAAAGUCUGGUGAUAGGUUCAUUGUAAAAGUUAGAGUAUCUGGUUAUUCAGCUGCCCGUUUAUUCUUUGAACACUUCAUCUACAAACUGCCGAACCAAGAGCUGAUUUUGGAAGCUAAGGCUACUGCUGUCUCCCUUGACAAGAACUAUCGCCCAGUUCGUAUUCCAGCCCAUAUCAAAUCUAGACUUGUUCUGCUUUUACGUAGUGAAGAAUCCAACUGCAAUUGAUGGUUGAGCUCGUCGUGGAUACUGAAAAUGACAGUCAAGAACUUCAGCAUUUCAGGAAUAAGAUUUCAUAUUCGAGAUUUUGAGCAUCAUUGAUUCUUCACUUUCUAUAGAAUUCUUAAAGGCUGUUUGAUUCAUCAAGAGGGAAUGGAAACCGACUUUCCUUGUUCAUGCUCGACAGCUUGCCGACGUGGUUGGACGGCAAAAUCAAAUCAUACCUCUUACCAUGUGAUUAAAAGAUGCCGUAAGGUAAGAAGGUGCAAAAAUAUCCCAAACAACCCCAAACUCAUAUCUUUCUUCACCUUUUUUAAGGUUACCGGUAUGAAAUGACUGAACUUUCAUGCCACCUGAGCAUUUUCUCAAACCUGUUCUGUGAUCAAUCUGGGCUAAUUAUGUCUUGCCCAAAUCGUACAAUUUUUGCAAUAGAAAUGGAUUGUAUUGCCCAAA